AUGGGCUUUUUAAGUCCAGUAUGUGUUCUUUUCUUCUUUCUUGGAGUCAAAAUAUAUUGCCAAUAUGAAAGUCCUCAGUGGGAUGAAGAUUACGACCAAGAGCCAGAUGAUGUAUAUCAACCAGAAUUCCAAUUUCAUCAAAAUGUAGACUAUGGAGCUCCUUUUCAUCAGUAUAUGCUAGGCUGUGCUUCUGAAUGCUUCUGUCCACCUAGCUUCCCCUUGUCAAUGUACUGUGAUAAUCGCAAACUCAAGACUGUCCCAAACAUCCCAGCACACAUUCAGCAGGUCUAUCUUCAGUGCAAUGAAAUUGAAGCCGUGCCUGCAGAUUCAUUCACAAAUGCGACUCAUCUUAAAGAAAUCAAUCUCAGCCACAACAGAAUUAAAUCGCAGAAGAUUGAUCAUGGUGCGUUUGCUAAGCUGUCAAACCUAUUGCAGCUUCACCUACAGCAUAAUGAUUUAGUAGAAUUUCCGUUUCCUCUUCCUAAGUCUUUGGAAAGACUUCUCCUUGGUCACAAUGAGAUCUCCAGACUGCAGACAAAUGCCUUGGAUAGGCUAGUAAACUUGACCAUGCUCGAUCUCUGCUAUAAUCAUAUUGAUGACUCUAUGUUACAAGGAAAAAUCCUUGCCAAAAUGGAAAAAUUAAUGCAACUCAACCUAUGUAACAACAGGUUAGAAUCAAUGCCAUCUGGUUUGCCUUCUUCACUUAUGUAUCUGUCUUUAGAGAAUAAUUCAAUUUCUUCUAUACCAGAAAAUUACUUCAACAGACUUCCAAACCUUCAUGCUCUAAGAAUGUCACACAACAAACUACAAGAUGUCCCACACAAUAUGUUUAAUCUGUCCAGCCUCAUACAGCUCAACAUUGGGCACAACAAACUGAAGCGAGCAUUUUAUAUCCCAAGAAAUUUAGAGCACCUAUACAUAGAAAAUAAUGAAAUUGAAAGUAUCAAUGUUACAGUGAUGUGUCCUUCUGUUGACCUACUACAUUACAACCAUUUAACCUACAUUCGUGUGGACCAAAAUAAGCUAAAAGAGCCAAUAAGCUCAUACAUUUUGCUCUGCUUCCCGCAUAUCCGCAGUAUCUAUUAUGGUGAACAAAGAAGCACCAAUGGUCAGACAAUACAACUGAAGACCCAAGUCUUUGGAAGAUUUCAAGAUGAUGCUGACAGUGACGAUGAUGAUGACCACGAAGGCCCAGAACGUGGAGCGGCAGAAGGAGACGUGGAGCCCCACUAUCAUGGAGGGCAAGAGUGGCAAACUAUCUAGGAAUACAUUUAUACUCCACAAAAUAUUGCUCAAUAUAAAUCUAAGCAUGCAUAGCUCACAGUAAUACACCUAGAAUAAUAUAUUAGUGUAAGAUGAAACUGAAUGUAAGUUGUUGCUAACAGUGCAUUAGCUCAUUUUAUUAAAAAUAUAAUUAGCAUAAGUGGGAAUAAAAAACUAAACUUUAAACACAACAAUAUUAUCAUGUUGAGAAAAAAAGUAUGCCAUUUCUAUUAACAGUACUUUUCCUAAGAAUGAUGGAAAAAGCAUUACAGAAGCUGAGACCUGUAGGCCAUGCACUCUCAGUCACCAGGACAGCGUUAAAUGCCAGGUGGCUGCAGCAUGGAAUAGGCAGCCAUCCAUGUAAGGAGUAAUUAUUUUCUUUGACCAAACCUUCAAAAGUUUUCACACUUGUACUAGAGAUCUCCAUGACAUCCCCAACCCCACUCCACCCUUUUGAGCGAUGGAUGGUAUUUUUGAUUUUCAAAAGAGGCUAUCCUACUGUUAGGCAGGAAAAUAGAU